AUGAAUGAUGAUUAUAAAAGAGAUUUGCAAAAUAUGGUACUUCAAAUGUGUAGAUUAAUAUUUCGAGCAAUUCAAGAAGGAAUUAACAGAAAUAACAUGAAUGAAGUACAAACAAUGACCCAAAAAAUAUUUCACGGUGAUAUUAGUUCAAAACAUGAUUUAGAUCAAUUCAUUCUUAUAUUUAAAUCAUCCAAAUAUUUAUCCCACCUUUCUGGAAGUUAUGGGAAUGAUUCGACUAAUUACGUUUAUAAAAUGGAUCGUUGGAAACGCCAUUGUUGGAAAAAUGUUACUGAAUCGUCUCCUUACGAUGACAAACUUCUUAAAAGUAUUAUAGAUCAUUUACCCGGAUUUAAAUAUCUUUACGAUUUUCAUUGGACUUUCCAAGAACCUUGUGUCUUAUUAUUAACUUCAGACUGUGGUGUUUUUGUCAUAGUUAUAAUAAAAUUUUGGAAUCAAGAUAGUGAAAAAGAAGAUGAACCGGCAAUUUAUAGUCAAUAUCACGAAUGGGUUAGAUUAUAUAAGGCUUAUACCGUUGAAAAGCAUGGAAAUAAAUGUUUAACAGUUAUUGGAGCCACUUAUACAAAUGAUCCUGACAUAGUGAAACCUCUUGAAUUUGUAGAUGAAAUUGAUUACUCAAUUGCACGAGCAGUACAAUCUUUCGUUUUUAAACCAUCAGAUAUGGAACAAUUAUUUUCAGCCCCACAAGAAUCAACUAAAGUAUUUUCGCGUACAAAAACUAAAAUUCCAUGGACUUCGAAACCUACAGACAAUAUUCAAAUAGUUAAAGCUAAUUUCAGAAAAAUGCCAAUAAAUCCAGGAAAAUGUGCAGCUGUUGUGGGUACAGAAUGGAUAUAUGAUGGUGGAAAUACAGAAAUAGUCCAUAUGAGAUUAGCUUGUCAUGGUAUUAGAAAUCAACCAUUUUAUCAUAUAAUUGUAACAAAUGCAAAAUCUCCUAGAGAUGGAAAACAUAGUUCCAGUGUUAAGCAUAUAGAAUGGAAAGAGAAUAGAAUUAAAUAUUGGUUAACUGUUGGAGCUCAACCUAGUGAUACUGUAGCUAGACUUUAUUUAGGAUGA